UGUUUGAUACUUUUAAAUAUAAAUAAUGUCAUGCAACAAUUGCAUUAGAUCGGACAAGUGAUAUUCAAAGAAAGGAAGCAAAAAAAUAUUAAUCGAAAUGGAAAAAGAAGGGAAGAAAGUGGUGAUCAUAGGAGGUGGUAUUGCAGGUUCCCUCGUCGCCAAAAAUCUACAAUCGCAUGCCCAUGUCACCCUCAUUGAUCCGAAGGAAUAUUUUGAGAUUACAUGGGCAAGUUUGAGGUCAAUGGUUCAACCAUCUUUUGCAGAGAGGUCUUUGAUCAAUCAUAGAGAUUACCUUACCCAUGGUGACAUUGUCACAUCCUAUGCUGUCAAUAUUACAGAAACAGAAGUGUGGACUGCAGAGGGUCGUCGAAUAAACUAUGACUAUCUUAUCAUCGCAACUGGCCAUGCAGAUCAUGUUCCUAAAAGCAGACCUGAAAGACUUGAUCAAUUCAAAGAAGAGAAUGAAAAGAUAAAAUCGGCUGAUUCUAUUCUAAUUGUUGGAGGAGGUCCAACUGGCGUGGAACUUGCUGGAGAAAUAGCUAUUGAUUUUCCAGACAAGAAGAUUACACUAGUGCACAAAGGACCAAGGUUGUUGGAUUUCGUAGGAACAAAUGCUGCAGACAAGACUCUAAAAUGGUUGGAAUCAAAGAAUGUCGUUGUGAAAUUAGAGCAAUCAGUUGACUUAAACGCAUUUAGAGAUGGAUUGAAGAUAUAUCAAACAUCAAAUGGAGAGAACAUUGUCGCAGAUUGUCAUUUCUUAUGUUUAGGGAAACCACUUGGUUCAACAUGGCUUAAUGAAACUGUGUUGAAGAAUGACUUGGAUUUUCUAGGAAGGAUUAAGGUAGAUGAACAAUUGAGAGUCAAGGGUUGGAGCAACAUUUUUGCAAUUGGAGAUAUUACAGAUGUUCCAGAAAUCAAGCAAGGGUUUGCAGCACAACAACAUGCUGAAGUGGUUGCAAGGAACUUGAAGGUGAUGAUUGAGGGUGGCAAAAAACAAUGUAAUCGAUGUGGGACGGAAACUUACAAGCCACAAUUAGAAAUGGCAAUAGUUUCACUUGGGAGGAAAGAAGCAGUGGCACAGUUCCCAUUCUUGACAAUAAUUGGAAGAUUUCCUGGAUACAUCAAAUCGGGAGAUUUGUUUGUAGGUAGAACAAGAAAACAAAUGGGACUCAACCCUAAUAUUUGAUAUUGUAUUGACUCAAUUUUAUGCAUAGUAUUCAUGCAAAUUAAUUACAGAAUCAAUUUUUUCAA